CGCUGUCGCUUUCAUCGGUUUUUGAUCAAAUUCAUCCAAAUCUGGCAAAUUCUGAGGGAUUGAGGGCUCGCUUAUCUUUGAAACACUUGCCAUCUGAUUACGACGACGACGACAAGUGCAGGCCUUGGCGUCGCAGGAUCACCAUGGCUGUCACCUGGGCCUCCGCCCUCAAGAUCACUCUUCUGCUUCUUGUUAUUGGCGCUGUUGUUGCUGCUUGUUUCACUCUCCCAAUCGAAAAGAUGCUGAAGGAUUUCUUGGUAUGGGUUCAUAGUAAUCUUGGUCCCUGGGGUCCACUUGUCCUGGCUGUUGCUUACAUACCUCUGACUGUCUUGGCAGUUCCAGCUUCUGUACUCACUCUUGGUGGCGGUUAUCUUUUUGGUCUUCCAGUGGGCUUUGUUGCUGACUCUGUUGGUGCAACUGUUGGUGCAGGAGCUGCAUUUCUUCUUGGUAGAACAAUUGGGAAAUCAUUUGUCAUUUCUAGGUUGAAGGAUUAUCCUCAGUUUAAGUCAGUGGCUAUUGCAAUUCAGCGAUCUGGCUUUAAGAUUGUAUUACUGCUCCGGCUUGUUCCAUUACUACCAUUUAACAUGUUAAAUUAUCUCCUGUCCGUGACUCCAGUUCCACUGGGGGAAUACAUGCUGGCUUCCUGGUUAGGAAUGAUGCCAAUAACGCUGGCACUUGUAUACCUUGGAACAACCCUCAAAGAUCUAUCAGAUGUAACACAUGGGUGGAGUGAAUUUUCAAAGACUCGUUGUGCACUUAUCAUUUUGGGCCUUGCAAUAUCUGUGAUUUUGAUGAUAUGUGUAACUAAAGUUGCCAAGUCUGCUUUAGAAAAAGCUUUGGCUGAAAAUGGAGAUAUAGAUGGCACUCUUCCUUCCCCAGACUUACCCAUUACCUCUGAACAUGCAGCAGAUCUCAACCAACCCCUCAUAAUCAAGAUAGAUGAUACUGCUGAAGACAAUCAUCAUGAAAAUUAAAAACGAUAGUUUCUGUAAAUUCUUCUCCCCGCUUUCUUAAGGCUAUGUCUGUUUCUUUAUUAAAGUGCUUGAGCACAAGCUGAGUGCUGACUCCUAUUUUAUUUAUAUAUGGAGGGAUAUAUUUACACACACAGAAUCAAUGUUAGAAAUUUGGGUCUUGAAUAUAUAACUUUUGUCGUAAUGGCAGUAAAUUUGAUGUCUGAACCAUUUUUUGUUCUUUGUAUCCCAUCUUUACUGCUGUAAUUUGUAGAGUAUCCAAAAUUUUAAUUUAGGGUUUCUUAUCAA